CUUAAGCAUAAGAGCACAAACUUAGAAAUGUGAUUAUAAUCGCUAGAAACGUUUAACAUUCUAAACGUUUAAACACUCUAAAAACAUAAUUAUUUAGAAUCGAUUUACUUAUAUUUGAUGUUUACAGUGACUAGAAGUAAUUUAUACUAACCUCAAUUAAAGAUGAUAAAAUUAAUGACUGAUAGUCGUGAACUUACUAGCUAUCUUGCAUCCUACUAUGCUUUAACCAAAGUGGAGCAUUACACCGAUAAUAAUCGGCAAAAACAACAAGCUAGAAAAAAUACAUCUAAAUGGAAACGGGAGCAUUUGAAUCCGAGAAUAGUUGAAAAUGAAGUUGAGGAUGAUGAUGAAGCAGAGGAGGAUUUUAGUUAUUUUUCUAAAGCUUAUUUACAACCAAGAUUUUUAACUCAGUUACCACGUAAUUUAUCAAAAACAUUAGGUGAAAAGCUUGAAGUGGUUUGCUUAACAAGCGUUUUGUUUCCGACUGAGAUUGAUUGGUAUUUAAAUGGCAUAGUACUUUCUAACUCGGCAGACGGUAGAAUAGUUAUAGAGAACAACGCUAGGCAACUAACAUUUGUAUUUGUUAAAAAGACUGAUAGUGGAAAACUAGUUUGCAUUGCUAAAAAUAAAUUUGGAACUGAUAUUUCAAUGUGCAAUAUUUUGGUUAAAGAGCUGAAAUAGAUUCUCAAAUUUUAUUGAAAAACUUUUCCGACGCAACAUAUAUCAAACAAGAAAUUCGUGCGCGAAUAAAAUGUUAACUGAUAGGGUACUAUCAAAUUUCGUACCGUUGUUUCGAUAUCAGAAAAUUAAGCAUUUUCCGACUGCAAGUAAAAAUGUUUUACUUGUUUUGACAAAAACAUGUUACAUUACAAAAUAAUUUUCCGCAAGAAAAAUUGGUUUUGGCUAAAUUCCAAAUACUUAAAUUAUAUUACUCAUAAAUAUUUAUGAAAAAAAAAUAUUUUUGCGGUUAAA